AUGGUGGUCUUAAGACUUCAUUUCCAUGAACCGCUUUGGCUAAGUACAACAUUAUUGUUCUUAUUAGUAGCAGCAAGUAGUGAUCAACUAGACUCGUCUGGCUGCGUCCGCCACUGUGGAGAUAUAGACAUUCUAUAUCCAUUUGGCCUCACUGAAAAAUGUUGUUUGGAUCACAAUUUUCUCAUCCAAUGUGACAAUUCCUCCGGUCAUCCUACACCGCUGAUAGGUACUAAUAAUCUCACAGUCACUCGAAUUUCUGCCGAACGAUCUGAGAUGAGCAUACAGUUUGAUGUUACCAGAGAUUGCUACACCAAGUCCGGGGAUCAAAUACCAAGUAACAAGUCAGUUGCUACUUUGACACCCCCCAAUACCAUGUUUACUUUCUCUCACAAAAACAUAUUCACUGUAGUUGGCUGUGAAUCUUAUUCCUACCUUAAUGCUUACGAUUAUAACAAUCAGAGAAAUUUCCUCAUUUUGGAGACUAUGUGUUCAAGCCUUGAGGUCGUUGAGAGUGGAUCUUGCUCAGGUCUUGGAUGUGCCCAGAGACCCAGUCUUUAUGGAAGACUCCAAAAUAUAACACUCGAAGCAUAUAGCUUUAAUAAACAUAAGUACACAAGGGAUUUCAAUAAUUGCAGCUAUGCUUUCAUUGUUGACAAAAGCCAGUUCAAUUUCUCUCGUAAUUAUGUUACCAAUUUUCCCCAAGAGAAGCUCCCUCUGCUGCUUGAUUGGGCUAUAAGUCAGGAAUACGAUACAUGUGGGAAAAACAGCAGAAGACAAGGCCUUGAGGAUGGUUCUGGAUAUUAUUAUUGCUUAUGCAAAGAUGGUUUCCAAGGAAACCCAUAUCAACCUGAUGGUUGCAAAGAUAUAAAUGAAUGUGAGAAUCCAAGCCUCAAUAACUGCUCCGAAACUCGGUACUGUAUCAAUAUGCGGGGGAGUUAUACUUGUUCUUGUCCGUCUUGGUUCAAGGGAGAUGGAAGACGAGGUGGAACUGGUUGCAAAGAUCAGUUACCAGGGAUCAAGGCUGCCAUUGGUGUUGCCAUUGGAUUUAUUACAUUACUUAUAAGUGGGACUUGGAUAUACUUGGUCUCCAAGCAAAGAAGGCUAAUAAAGCUCAAGGAAAAGUUCUUCCGACAGAAUGGUGGAAUAAUUUUACAACAACAACUCUCUCGCCGGAAUGACACCAAUGAAAUGGCAAAGAUUUUCACAGAAUUAGAGCUAAAAAAAGCUACAAACAACUAUAAUGAGAGCACAAUCAUUGGCAAAGGAGGUUUUGGAAUAGUUUAUAAAGGAACUUUACCAGAUAAUAGGAUUGUUGCCAUCAAGAAGUCCAAGAUUAUGAACCAAACCCAAAUUAAGCAAUUCAUUAACGAGGUGGUUGUACUCUCCCAGAUUAAUCAUAGGAAUGUGGUCAAACUCUUGGGAUGUUGUUUGGAAACAGAAGUUCCUUUACUUGUAUAUGAAUUUGUUCCCAAUGGUAAUCUCUUUGAGCACAUACAUAAUAGGGAUAAGGCAUACAACUUUCCUUGGGCAACGCGGUUAGGAAUAGCAGCUGAAACUGCUGGAGCUCUAUCAUAUUUGCACUCUGCAGCUUCAACACCAAUCAUCCAUAGAGAUGUCAAGUCUUCAAAUAUACUCCUGGAUAAUUCUAUGACCGCAAAAGUUUCAGACUUUGGAGCAUCAAGAUUGAUUCCAUUGGGCCAAACUGAAGUGGCAACACUGGUGCAAGGAACUCUUGGAUACUUAGAUCCUGAAUACUUGCAAACCAACCAAUUGACUGAGAAAAGUGAUGUCUAUAGCUUUGGAGUUGUUCUUGUUGAGCUACUAACAGGAGAGAAGGCACUUUCAUUCAAUAGGCCAGAGGAGAAGAGAAACCUAGCUAUGCAUUUCCUGUAUUCCUUAGUAGAGGGAAAAUUGUAUGAAAUGCUAGAGAGUCGUAUGGUGAAUGAAGAAAAUAGAGAACAACUUAAGGAAGUGGCUGGUCUGGCAAAACGAUGCUUGAGUUUGAAAGGAGAAGAUAGGCCUACAAUGAAAGAAGUAGCAAUGGAAUUGGAAGGUAUAAGAAGAACUGAAAGGCAUCCAUGGGUUAAAACAGAGUUGAAUUUGGAAGAGACUGAAAGCUUGCUGAAUGAUCAAACAUCCAAUGCUUACAAAGACUACUAUGGUAAAAGUGUUUCACAUGAUGCCAUCACAUUGGAUUUCAGUGGGAGAUAG